AUGACACAGUGGGAUGCCAUAGCCAGUGACAUACUGCGUGAGCAUGCUACCAAGGUAGCUGUCUGCUGCAUAGCACUGAUCAUGGUGUUCUGGCUUGCCUCCCAAAUGAAGAAGUCUUAUUGCGUGCGGCGGCAGUCAGUGCCAGCUGCGUGUGGCAAGGGGCCGCGCAACCGAUCCAGCAAGCACACACACUGGACACGAAGGUUGCCGGGGAAAUAUACAUCUUUGAGCUGGGGCAUGGCAGUCACCGCAGCAUGCUUGGGUGCCAGCGCAAAACAAAUAGAUUUCCUGUUUGCGGUCAAUCUCUUCACCUGUGUCUUUGCAUGCCAAGCGCAACGUGCUCUAGCCAGUGCACGACUGCGCAGUGGGUGGGUGAGGAAAGCACGUCGGGUGGGCAAAGCUCGGGUGAAAGCAAGGCGGCAACCAGGAUCGCCACGAAGUAGACUGCAAAUAUUGAUUGCAGCCAUCUUCUUGUUCUCACCAGCCAGUUGGGUAUGUGUGGAAGGCGCUAGCCAGGGCAACAUCGCAGCAGCGCAACCAGUGAGGAACGCAUGGGCAACGUCUCGGAAACUUAGAAACCAGUUGAUGCGUGCAAUGCAUGGCAACACGAUGAAGAAAGCGAACCGACGACAAGCAGAAGAGUCCACACCCAGCCAAUGCAUAGACGCGAGUGCCGGCAGCAAUCCCGUCCUUAGCAAGAAAGCCAGAGUUGCAGACGGAGUGGAUGCCGCCUCCUCGCUUCGAGCACAACCUAGCAACCCGAGUUUCCAGAAAGAAGUGGAGGAGGAUGAGGACCGGAAACUGGCCGUCCGUUCGUGGUCGAUACCCGAAGCUGCAAAGUUAUACUUGCAAGCCUUAGAAUGGAUGUGUAAGCAAAAGAAUGGACCCAGAGCAGAUGAGGUUGCGAUUGCCAGUGUGCCGUUUGAUGACCGAGAAGCAGGCCUUCACCUGGGGUUCCUUCAGCAAGCAGAGCAGUUGGAGGCGGCAGAAGGUUUGACAGCUGCCGAAAUCGUGCUUUGGAGUAAGGUGGUGGCUGUUUUGGAAAAGCCACGCAUGUUAGAUUCCAUUCACCAUGGCUCAGUGGUGGAAUUGUGGGCACUCACACAAGCCUUUGACUUUCACUGUCUCAUUUGGAGCCAAGAAGAUAACAAAAACAUUUGGAUCCGGGAGAUGGCCUACAUCACCGAUGCAGAAACACAACAGAAGUUGCAAGAACAUUCCAAUGUCUUAGAACUUUUCCACCGAAACACUGGCAUCACCGGGCACUAUGACCUCGUCCAACGCGCGGAAGCAUUGCGCGAACCAUUCCCUGAAACACCAUCGUUGGAAACGUGGAGAACAGAGAGUGCAGAAGCAGUGUUGUGUCUUGCUGCAGAAAGCCUCCGAAACCCAGUGGAAGUGUCACCCAUGUCGCUGCAUAGUCAGUCAUCGCACGUUGAAGAUCAGAGUGCAGUGUGCGAAAAUCAUGCCGCAGAGGAAGGAGAGCAGCCAACGGCAGGGUCAUCCGGGCAACCGCAGCGGACCAGCCGCACCACUGCGGCGGAAUCGGAUGCAACAACGUGUCAGCCAAAUCGGUCGCAGCAGGUGCAUGACACAACUGAAGCCGGCAAAGAGGCAGCCACUGGUGUCUGGGAAGGGCAUGACGACGCAGAGGCGUCGGAGGGUGCAGCAACCGACCUGGAUUCUGAAAGCGUGCUUUCCUGGGAUUCAAACCUAUCCGAGACCACAGAAGAGGCAGAAGUCGAAGUCACCGUGGACUCGACAAAGACAUGGGUCACUGUCGAAGAUCGUGACCAAGAACGCAUUCGACGCACAGCAUUCCAUCUGCGACAACAUCCUCUGCUGCCAUCUCCAGCCGCGAUGACGGAAUUCCCCACCAUGCAGCCUAAUAGUGGUCUCGUAUACCCAGCCGUCCAUUGUGCUUUUGAGAGAUGCGGGUGGGCAUCCGACACACAACCGUGCCACCCGCACUGGUCAAAGGAAAAGGUGUGGAACAUGAAAGCAACAACAUGGGCACACACUACCUUGCAGUGCUGUGGAAACGGGAAGGUGUGUUUGUGGGCACACCUCGAUGAGUGUCAUGCUGAACACUUUACGAACAUACCCCGUGAACUUGUGGCUUCAACAUACACAGCUGCAGUGCUAGAAAGGGAACGUGGGCAGGUCCCACAAGUUGGCUGGAGCGUCGAUCGGCGCACACUGCGUCGAUUACAAGUGGAUUUGGACGACAACACUUGCCAAGCAUUGAUUUGCGCCUGUUGCGCCCGAGUGAGUCCAGGAGGCAUGGGAGGGGAGAUUGCCUACAUAUCUGUCAAGCAGUUAUUCAAUGCACUGACCCCAGAAGCGGUCAAAGCAAACUGGAACUUGGAAAGAUACAUGACGCAAUAUGCUACGUUGGCUGCUGUGACCAAUCGUUUCGAAGCACACGAGUGGACGCGAACACUGCCAGCAACCAGCUGCAACGGGAUGCGACUCAUCUGCUGCCCAGAAGAUGUCCGCUGCGGACUUUGCGCCGAGAAUGCGCUGCAACUGUGUGAGGCUUGUGAACUGCCGUUGUGUCGCAAUUGCCUCGAACACAUGUGUAAACAGGACGCUGGUGCAGUGCCAGAAGCCCUUGCAAACGACAAUUGGUUUGGAUACCCAACAGAGUUGUUGUACACCUACAGAGUGCGUUGGAUAGAAGCGGCAGCUGCUUCUCCGGUCUGGACUUCCGUCAUCAAUUACUACCUGGAAGCCGACCGAGGCAACUUGAUAGAAGAGCACUUGCAGCGGCCCGAACACAGAACCGCAAUCCGAGGCAAUGUGUCUUCCUUUAGCAUUCCAUGGGAAGAGGUGCUCGCCGCAUUGGCCCCCGAGACCCGACAGAACAACUCUUGGGAAAGGUUGCCUCACCCGCCACAUGUCCUCCAAGCUAUUGUCAAAGUCAAUGUGAAGGGCAUGUUAUACAAUGAGGCAAUCGAGUGGGUAGCAGGAGCACGCAUCCGACCCUGGGUCGUCACUGCACUCUUACAUCACCUCAUCGACAUACAACAUCCAAUGUGUGCGUCGGACUUGUCGGCAGAGGAAGCAAAAACAGCAGUGACGCAACGUGUGACCUGGACCUAUGGGGUGGACGAAACAAGGCCGCUAGUCGACUUGAACGAAACUUCUGCACCGACUGGGACAUCAAGCGGCGCGCACCCCUGCGCACGACGCCAGAGCAGCGCUCAGGCAGCAGUUAAUGUGAAAUCAGAAGCAACGAGUGCAAAUAACGAGACCGAGGCCCCAACCAUGAGCGGCCAGAGCUCGUUUCAGCCAGCGUCUGUGGAGCAACAUUUCAAGUCUUCUCUUGCGAAAACUGCAUCCCGAAAGAUCGUUUCCCACCUGCACUCCGAAGAGACAACCCAAGUGUACAGCAAAACGGCUCCACAGCAGACAAGCCACAGCGAUGCGAACGCAACCUUGCACAACAUGCUAACCCAGAGCAUGUGCCAGAUGGUAGCAGAGAGAAAAGAUCAGGGCAGCCCUCAGAUGACAGCUGAAGGCAUAGCAGACUCGACCUCGUCGCAGAAGGAAGAAGUGACAGUGUCAGCACCUAGCCACGGCAAGUUUCCAUUUCUACAUGUAAAGCCUGAGCGGGAUGCCUCGCCGGGCGACGACCCAUCAUCGCAGGUGACAAGCCAGAGCAGCGCUCAGGCAACCACAUCAGACAAAAGCCACGAAAAGACCACAUCGGCUCGUCCGAGCCAUGCUAAUUUUUUUUUUCCUGCCAGUGCAGACGUAAGCCAGCCGCGGCCGCAGAAGCAUGCAACACCCGAGUCAGUCGCAGACACAGCUUUGAAUGGCGAAUCCUUCGUAGCCAGUGUGAGACCCAAUGUACUGUCACAAGAUUACACGGGUGCAGAGUGGAAAGACCCCGACGUCGACAUGUUGCUGCAAUUAGGCAAUGCGACUGACACACUCACUAUUCGAACCGGGCACAACUUCUGGGACCAGUGGCAGAAUGACUUUCUCCCCUGGGCUUUUCCCUUCAGCCUCCCCGCACCCGUCAGUGGUCCGGACUUUCCCCACAAAGAGCGACCCCGGAGGCCCGCAGAUGCGCCGCACUUGCAACCCUUGGCACACUUGAAACUUCUGGCCGGACGCAUUGAGAGUUCAAUUCGCAACUCAUGGGAUCUGAUUCCCGGGCUGCGACGAUUGACAUUCAAAUGGCACUCGGUGUGGCACGGCUCCCUGUGGCGGAAAUGGAAGUCACAACGGCAAGCCCUUGCACCGGCACCUAUGCUCAAGUGGGUCCAAGCGGCUCGUGGCCUCUACAACAAGCUGAGAUCCGGCACAUAUAGCACUGCAGGUGGGAAGCCCAAACCCAUACACUUUGACACCCGCAAACUCCCCUAUGCCCGCGGCCUCACAGCCGACGAAAAGGAAUUGCUCCAGGACGUGAAAGGCAUGCAAGGCCAUAUGCCUGGAACGAUUGAAGUACGACGUCGGAUUGGACGUUUCCUCUUCGGGGCCAGGGUUGAGAUGGGAGAACCCCUCUUCAUCACCAUAUCUCCCACAACCCGUCAUAACACCUUGUGCAUCAAAUUCAGCCGCUAUCGUGCCGCAGAUCCUGGCGGAGCCGCCGAAGGAGCGCGCGAGCGCCCGAAGCUAUGGGAGACGGCAGAGGCGACCAUCGACGUGCCGCCAUACGACACUCGCAGACAGCUGACUGCGAGGGAUCCGUGGGCCGUCGUUCUCAGCUUCCAAACCGUGGUGCGGUGCAUCUUCGCCAAACUGCUCGGCAUCCGCAUGUGUUUUCGUUGCCCAGCAUGCGAUUGCCGCGAUGCACGCGGACACGGGUGUCACGUGACGGGGGGCAUCCUUGGCAUUGCUAGCGGCCUAUGCGGGGCAAUCGAAUACCAAGCCAAUUCCACACCGCAUUUCCAUUGCAACGUGUACAUCGCGUCCAUUUGGCAACAAUCUUUGAGUGAACUUGCAGCCAAACUGAAUGACAGCACCAUCACAUUCGAGGACGUGCAACAAUUCUUGACAUGGGCACACUCCGAAUCCCAUCUUGACCUAGCAAGCCAUACGCAACAGCAAGACCACCUUGAAGCAGACUGGGCCCAGAACAACUGCAAAGCAAGCCACGAUUUUUUGUGUCAGUGGCCCAAAUUCCUUGCUGAGGACACAGCGGCCAGUCCAUGGUUGAACGCAGUGGAACCCAAGCAGGCAUUGGCCGACGCAAGUCGUUUCAUCCACCACUACCGUCGAGCAGCACAGAGCAAGAUCAGCCAUCAGCAGCUUCACUGGCAUCCGUGGAACGUCACGCAGAAGUGUCGGUUGCCAAUCGCCGGUUGCAGAAAGAAGGGGGCGCCAAAUAAGUGUAAGCACAAUUUUCCAAAAGUGCUGAACGACAAGGUUCGAGUAAUUUGCAGAGGGAACGCACGAAAAUUUGCGCAGAGCACUGCCGGGCGGCGGAAUGCAUUAGGCAUGGUAUUAGACAAAAGAGACGAUCCUUGGUUGUCAGGCACCAUGCAUGCAUUCGCCCUCAUGUUAUUUGGCACCUCCCACACCGCCAUAAAUUUCCGGGUGCCUUUAUCGGCGAACACCCACGACACCGACUGCACCCGAGGCUGCUUGGCAAAGAACAUGCUCCCAAAACUGCAAAGGGCGAUGGCGCAAGCAGCCCGCCGGUCCACCAGAUAUUUCACCGGCUAUUUGCAGAAGCCGCAGCCGCUCGGAAGAAAAGAAUUGCAACAAGCGGCCAAGCAAUUGCAUUUCCUGGAAGAAGCAGCUGCCAAAGAGGACCCUGCAGCACACUACCGCAAAGUUGUGCAUAGAGUCUUCGGGGAUCUCGAAUUUCGUUGCUCAGUGCGCCCAGUCACAGAAGAGUUUAUGCUUGCGGGCUUCAGCAACAUGACCGAUCCCACCUCCGCCGAGUGCAUCCGCACUUUCCCCGUAGUCCCGUUUGUCGGAAUCGAGUGGGUUGGUAUAUUAGACCAUGUCACAGAUAUUCGUCAUAAAGUGGAACCCCCCAACCCGCACAAGAGUACAUUGAAGUCCUCCGAAGUAUACGGGUGGCGGGGAACCGACGAGCGAGUGUUUCACUUGUCUCCGUGGGAGUUUAUCAAAUGGUGGAGUCUAAAAAAAUUACAGCCGCCCACCAAAAAUGCAACUGAAGACGGACAAGGGCUCAGUGUUUGGGUGAGGAAGGACGGCACCGACAGGAAACCGGUGGAUGGCUGGCAAUAUGGCCGUGAUUACAUUUGGAAACAUCCCUUGCCAAAUAGCCGAGCCGUCAACCUUGUCCGACUACCGCAGUGCAAUGGAUGCAGUCGAGUACAGGAAUACUAUCUCGAAAGACGGACCGAACCGCUGAUUCCAUAUCCGACAACCUGUCCGUUGCCGAAGCCCGACAUGUCCAAGGAUGCACAGGCGAGGCUCCUCAAUGUCUAUCUGAGGUUGACGCCAGAGUCUGCCACAGCAUGGCUGCAGCGUCUCGCAGAGCAGGGCUCGGUGGCAGUCGAUUCAGCCGCAGGUGCAGGCAAAACCCAAACCCUCAAGUGGUUGCGUGCUUUUUUCGAAGAUUUGUGCGGGUGGCAGCAUCAACAAGAGUUUGUAUACUUGGCACCGCAGAACACCCAGGCUGCACUGAUUGCUGGCAUGACGCUACACUCGUUUGCCAAUAUCCAGGUGAAAACCAAAACGGCCCGAGCAAAAAACACCAGCACACCGGAACAGUUCGCUAAGUACCAACGCCUACGGUGGCUGGUGGUGGAUGAAUCUUCGACGGUCGGGCUCGAAAUAUUGGCCACGCUGGAGAAACGCCUGCAGCAGUCUACCAGAGAUCGGGAUACGUGGAAACUUCGGCCGGGGGGAGAACGGAGGCCAUUCGGAGGGCGCAACCUCAUCUUGACCGGGGAUUUUUGGCAGUUCCCGCCAGUCAAAGCCACAGCCAUCUACCAGAACCCUUUCCAGUCAAACGCAAGCUUCCAAGUCAACGCACUGCAGCAAAUAUGUUGGUCGCACACCUCGCUCGCCAUCCCACACCUGUUUGAACUCACCCUCGAACAGCGGUGCGAGGACGCCUGGCUCAGCCAAAUUCUUCACCAGGCGAGGCAUGGAAACAUGUCGCAGGAAGUGUGGUCUUUCUUACACGGGUUUCCAACACUCCAUGCCGGCUCGUGGUCCUUUCAAACCAAUGAAGCCAGCUGCGGCCAAAAAACUUGCAACAACCUACAUCUUCAACCCACCGCCCCCAACCAGUUGGAAUGUGUAAUUUGCCAGCAGGAAAGGGCACGUCGAUGCAUCGUAGGCAAAGACCCAAAAGCCGAGCAUUUCCUCAACCAUCCGUUUGUGCACGGGCUGAAUGCCGCCAAGUACAUUGCAGCCAACCUUCGUGCCAAAUGGGUAGCCACCACUCGCAAACACAAGUUGCUUUGGAUCAUUGCGCAAGAUACCCCGCUUUUUCAUGUGGAGGCGACGGAACUACAGGCCCGACGCGAAAAUUGGUUACAGCGCCAUGACCAGUCCACCGGCGGCGUCGUAGGAAUCUUACCACUUCUCCAGAAUAUGCCAAUCCGAGUGACGCAAACUCUGUCUGACCUGAAAGCCUUCGGGCUCUUUAAACACACCCGAGGCACCCUUUGGAAUUGGGCACUCCAUGAGGCCGACCAAGAGGCUGUCGGAGCUGUAGCAGGCCAAGACAUCGUGUUACAACGCCUUCCACGGGCGUUGUAUGUCAAGGUCGAAGGUGCGAAGUGGCAACAGCACCCAGACUUGCCCGUUGGGAUCGCUCGAAUCGAACCCGUCACCCAGACGUGGACACUCGAAACCAACGGCAAGGCUACAGUCUCUCGACGCGGCUUUCCAAUAGCCUCCGAUUACGCUGGCACGGCGCAUUCGUUUAUGGGGGCAACCCUCGGUGCAUGCACAUUGGACCUUGGCACCUGGGAUGCCACGACCCCCCGCGAGGCACAGCUCAGCGGGUACAUGUGCCUGUCCAGGGCGCGCAAAGCCGAAGAUUUGUGCAUAGUCCAACCCUUCUCCCCCAACUUGUUUAGUCACGGAGAGUUAAUUGGACCCCACACAUUCCUAGAAGUGCAUCGCGAGAAGCUGACACUGGCACAGGCCAAAAUUCGAUUUGACUCCGACAAGCCGAACAAACGAAGAUACCGUGACAUUAUGUUGUUUUGUCGGGGUUGCAGCCCCCAGCCGCACCUCGAGGAAAAACUUUUGCCACUUCGAGAAUUUGUCUCGGCCUGGGACCAAGAGGAAUGGUUCCGAGUCUUGUCAGAAGGCAUGUGUCGCUUUUGCACCCAGUGUCAAACGAAGCAGAGCAGCCCUGCAACCAAGAGGAAGUCUAAGGAGGUGAAUGCAUGCGCAUAUUGCCAGACCUUGCCAGCCGACCAGACCGGCUACUGUUCGAAGUGUGCCAAAAUUCGCUUAGCGUGCAGCAAGUGUGUUGCGGCGAGCCUCGCCCACGUGAAACAAGAUACCACGCUCAGCACAAGCCGCAGUGGUUGUGUCGAGCAUGCAGUGUGUCAUGCCAACAUGGACGUGCGCGGCGUGCCGCGGGAACAGCCUGACUGGGGUCCCAAAGAAAAGGCGUCGCAGAAGUUAGUCGCCAACGCCGUAUGUCCUGCCAACAUGGACGUGCGAGGCGUGCAGCGGGAACAGCCAUACUGGGGUCCCAAAGAAAAGGCUUCGCAGAGGCAGACCAUCCAUGCUCACCUGCGGCAGUUUCUUUUGGCCAACCGAAAAAAAGACGUUCGUCCAGCAGCGAUGAACCAUUGGUUCACCAAAGGACAGAAGUCAGCCAUUUUGCGAACAGGCAGCGAUGAACCAUUGGUUCACCAAAUGACAGAGAUCAGCCAUUUUGCGAACAGGCGCACCGAUAAUCACCAGCAGCCGAGAGCAAAUGACCUUCAAGUAGCUGCGCCACUAUGCAAAAGCCUGACCGCACAGCCGCAGCCAGAGCAGCGCUCAGCGCACCGUGCAAAGCAAGGCCUAGGGCAGCAGCCAAAGAACCGCGCCCACUCAGUCUACGACGACAUCGAGCUGAGUCGGUGGGGGCCCGAGCAACCCCUCCCUGUGCAAGACGGGGACCGGGACUUGGGGCAUCCCGGUAGCAUCCUCCCCAGUGGCAACGCGGGGGAUAGGACAACAGUCGUGUGGAAGACGGGGGCCGGGACUUCGGGCGUCCCGGCAGCAUCCUUCGGUGGAAGGGGGCUGACAGUGUUCGAAGGCGAGGCCGGCGUGUUUGCUGGCGGCCUGGCAUGUUUGUGGUAA